AUGAAAGACCAGGAAUUGAGAAAUCUGACACAAGUAAUCACAGGCCCCACAGAUGAAAUACAGAUAUUUUCUGAUAAAGAAUUUAAAGAUCUAUUAAAGAGUGGGGCCUACAAAUGUUAUUGGAACAGAAUUUUCCUGACUGGUCCAUUCGGGGUUGGAAAGACAGCUCUAGCUAAGAUUUUAGUGGGAGAGGAAGUUCCAGAACAACGUGAAUCUACGGAUGGUAUUUGGAUUUACAUAGGAAGGGCCGGUAUGGACAUUCAGGAACGUAGAUGGAUUUUCUUAAAGAAAGGGACUAUCUUAAACGCCACUGUACAGAGCUACCUGAGGAGUACAGAAAUAACGAAUCUAGGUACUGUUACAUUUAGCGAGGAAAUGAUAGAUUCAGUUGCUGAAAAUUCUGGUGAGGAAACUAAAGAUCUCGCUGCUUUAACUACCGAUGAUGAAAUCACAGAUCUAGGUGCUGGUAAAUCUAUUGAAGAAAUGACAGAUCCAGGUGGAGCUGAAUCUAGUAAAAGUAUUCCACAAGAAGAUAAAAAGAAGUCAAAGCUCAAAUCUUUCCUUAGUCUCCCAAAAUUUAUACAGAAAGCAUUUAAAGGUAAAAGUACCUCGAAUAAUAAAACCCUAGAUGAUGGAAGUGCAAGAAUGGAUGGAACUACGAGUGAUGAUAACGUGAUUGCCAUGGAUAUGUCAGAGGAUGACAUUUUCAGACUUCUCCGCUCUGAAUGUACAAAAGGAAAUUAUGAAAUGGUUAUUGUACCGAUAGAUUUGUGGGAUUUUGGAGGUCAAAAAAUCUAUCAAAUGACUCACCAGCUAUUCAUAACUAGUAGAGGAACAUUUCUUCUGAUAUUCAAUGGCAGCAAGGAUAUUCACGAAGAAAUACCAGACUAUACAGAACUCCCUGGCUGUCAAGGGCAAAGAAAUACAGCAGGGCGAUGUAGAGGAACAGAGACAUGA